CCGCAACCACCACUGCUCGGGCUGUGUUGUGUGGGAUUUACUACGAACAACAGGUAUCAAAGUUUUAAAUACAUGUAUCUUGUUUGUGGAGGAAAAGAUUGUAUAGGGGUUGUUGGGGUUUUUUUUUUGGGGGGGGGGGGGGUGAUGGUUACGUCCCAUAGGAGAAUUAUUUACUCAUGUGUGUGUACUUACUCCUCUCUCUUUCUCUCGUGUACUCACUCCUCCCUCCCUCUCUCUGUCUCUGUCUCUCUCUCUCUCUCUCUCUCUCUCUCUCUAUAUAUAUAUAUAUAUAUAUCACAGCACCAAUGUGAGAUUUCGAGGCUUUUUUUCCCAAACAGUUAAUACAUAGUGUGUAUAACUUUGUAUGGAUAUUGAAAUGAUCUGUCAGACAAGGAAGAAGUGAAUUGUCAAAAUGCAGAUAUUCUCACUUAAUACAUUGUAAAUAAAAAAAAUUUUAAAAAACCACCUCUACUUUGAAGGAUGUCUAUGGAAUAACCCAUUGGAGACAGGAAAACAUUCUUGACACUUAAUGGCGACAAACUUGCUUAUUCUAAUUUUUAAUGUGCGUAUGUGUGAUUCCGAUUCGUAUAGCGUGAUGGUCAGAAACAUUUGGGGUUGUUGCCAAAUCACGUGGUCACAUAAAAUCUUCAUCCCCCAGCCGCCUGUCAAUUAUCGUGUGCAUGCAAGUUCAAACAAAGUUCGAUUACAGGGUAUUGUAAUGGGAGAAAUAUUUAAAAUCGGCGUUUAAAGUAGAAUUUUAAAGGUCUCCAAAUUUAUACGUGGGACAAAAAAUUUCAGAUCGUUGAGGGGAAAAGGAGGGGGUGUUCUGAGAUAUAUAGAUACACUAUCUUAUUAGCACAAAAACACAGGGGUAUUGUUGCGAUCCAUGCCUAUGACUAGAUCUGCAAAGUAUGAAGUAUGUAUAUUUCACCCCCCCCCUCCCACCCCCAAAUUAUUAUUGACCACCCCCCCCCCUCAAAAUUCCUUGAAGAAUAAUUGGCCAUCAUGGGACGAUAUGAAAUUCAUGCCAUUCAAAACAAUUUAAACAUAUAUAUAAAAAAUGCAGCGUCCGAUAAAAAAAGUACAAGACAAACACCAUUGCGUGCUAUAACAAUCGCUUUAUAGAAUUAUGAUAAUAACAGUAAUUAAAAAAGGCUAUCGUAGUCUGUGCACAGAGUUACUUAUAUUACAUGUAUCAGAUAAGAUUAUUUUUGUACCUAAGAUUAUGAUGUAAUAAUUAUUAUGUAAAAAAUGAAUGUAAUUUAGAUGUACGUGUAUAUACUCUUUGACAAAGGGACUACGUAAUACCAGCUCAUAUAUAUUUUAAUCUUGCAUUGAUUCUCGACUAUUGGGGCAUUUAAUUAAAGUGUCAUUACUCAAGGGAUUGAUUGCAAGGUUGAUCGACUAUUUAAUUGCGAUGUGUACGUGAUGGAAGUUAAAUGUAAUAAUUUGUCUUUUAUUCAAAACGAGAUAUAUAACAAUGAGGCCAAAUCUGUAAGUUUCACAUCAAUAAUGACAAAUAUGUCAGUUUCACAUCAAUGAUGUCAAAUCUGUCAGUUUCACAUCAAUGAUGUCAAAUCUGUCAGUUUCACAUCAAUGAUGUCAAAUCUGUCAGUUUCACAUCAAUGAUGUCAAAUCUGUACGUUUCAUAUCAAUAAUGACAAAUCUGUAAGUUUCACAUCAAUAAUGACAAAUCUGUCAGUUUCACAUCAAUGAUGUCAAAUCUGUCAGUUUCACAUCAAUGAUGUCAAAUCUGUACGUUUCAUAUCAAUAAUGACAAAUCUGUAAGUUUCACAUCAAUAAUGACAAAUCUGUCAGUUUCACAUCAAUGAUGUCAAAUCUGAAAGUUUCACAUCAAUGAUGACAAAUCUCUUAAGUUUCACAAAAAUCUGUAAGUUUCACAACAAUGACGUAAUUUCAAUAAGUUUCACGUGUGUAGAUUUCUUUCCAUAACCCAUACAUGGCGACAGAAAGAAAUCAAAAUUAUCAAUAAAUGUUUGUAUUUACAUUUCCAAUGUUUUUGUUUUUGGUGUCUUCACAAAUUGUAAUGAUAGCCAUUUCCUCGUGAUUGAGGGGGAGUUGUGAACAAUUAAUGCGGGGGAGUUGUGAACAGUGCACGUAUAUAUGAUUAGUAUAUCUAUUUUAACGGCUGAGAAUUCUGACAGAAAUGAAAGUAGAAUGUAGAUAUGAAUUUUGAAAAUACUAUGCGAAGCACUUUUAUGUUAAGUUUAUGAGUAAAAUGUCCGGAGUUUGCACAUCGAUAAAUUCUUCAAAAAGAAUGUUUGAUUCUUAUAAUUCCAAUUCAUUGACUUUAUUAACAAUUGCAAAAAAUUGAAUAGUUUCCCCGCACUAUGUUAUUUGUUUUCAGGCGUGUAUGAAUACAUCGCGUUUUCGGAUUUAUUGAUGUAUAAACUCUUGUUCUUAUUUUUGUCCAAUCAAAACAAUUGUAACAAAUAAUAUUGGAAUUAUAUGAAGGUAUGAACUGCAACGCCUCACCCCGGCCUGCUUCUCGUGAAAUCGCGGUACAUGUCGUCAUGAAGCUUUGCAGUUCAUACCUCCCAUGUAUUUUGAAAAAUGAAAUUUAUUCUCAAGGUUUUUCUUUUCUUAAAAUACAUAAGAACUGACAUAUUCGAACUUUUUAAUAAAAAAUAAAAAAAAACCUGCUGAAUUUAUCCUCGUGUGUAUAAAUCGUUCUAAAAUAUCAGCUUGUUUAUCAUGUCCAUUACCGUGAUAAUGUACGUGUAAAUUUUUUUUUCCUGGGGUAGGAAUGUGCCACUACUAAAUCGAUUUCAUGCUGCGCCGCAUAAAAGUUGUAAGAAAUAUAAUCACCUAAAAAAUGAGAGAUUAUUCCGCCCGACUAAUUUCAUCCUCGUACGUAUACCAUUAAAGACUGGGUAAACAAAAUACUACUUUUGCCCCAAUUGUGUGUCCGGUUCCCUCUAUAAUUGUGAUAGUUGUGUGUUGAACGGUGAGUUUGCGGGGUCGGAGUUUGGAAGAAAGGAGUGUUGUAAUAUAUAGACGCUGUACUGUUCAUGUAUAAGUACUCACUGUACUAUACAUGUAUAAGUACUCACUGUAUUGUUCAUGUAUAUAAGUACUCACUUUGAUAAGAAUCCUGAGCUUGAAGUUUGAGAAAGAAAUCAGCCCCCGGCGUUGCCCAUCUCUCAUCUACCCUAGCUUAGUGCCCGACUCGCUUACUCUCACGAGAUGAGACUUACUCUCAUGAGAUGUCUCAUGAGACUUACUCUCACGAGAUGAGACUUACUCUCACGAGAUGAGACUUACUCUCAUGAGAUGAGAGUAAGCAAAUCUGGCACUGACUUGACUAGCGAAGAUGCCCAUCUUAGGGCAUUAGCUUUUGUGUGUAAUUUUCAUUUGAUUACAAUUCAAUUUUAAAUAAACAAUACAAUUACAUGUAUUUCAAACGCUUUCCCAGCCCUGCUUCCCCAGAGACUGUGAUGAGUUAUAAUUGAUUUUAAAAUGCGACACAUCGCAUCAUUCACAGGGGAUUUGCAAUGAUAAGAAGUCUCUAUAGUUUCCCGUUUUAUAGUUCCUGUUUCGCUGCUAGUGCUGGUUUGUUCAUAUUUAAUUAGUCUUAAUUAACAGUCUCCCGUUAUUUUAACGUACUAGCCGGGUUUACCAGCGACAACCUGUUGACUGUUGUUGAUAGCAUAGAUCUGCAUUUAAAUAUCGGUCAUUGUAUGUACACACCAUCCUGAUACAUACAACAAUAGACAUUAAAUUUUCCGCGGCCAUAUUCUGUGGUUUAAACCUUUACUGGUGUGGAAGUUUAUUGGAAAUUUGAACAUUUGUUGUUAAAAGGUGAAACAGAAUUUCUGUGAUUAUACCUAGCAGUACCAACCAGAACAUAAAACAAGAUGUGACACUGAAGAAAACGUACAGCCAUUUUUUUCCUUCAGAAUUACAAUGAGGAGAGAGAUGAAAUGUGGAGGGGGGAUAGUGAUUUUACUGGCUUGGUUGAGUGGGGGAUGGUGUGCUGAUCCAGUGUUAACCCCAGAAGUAGUGUCAGAUUCGGGGGGGAAUUCUGCCAAUGCCAGCAGCUUUAUCACGUGGGCUCCUGUACCAAGUUAUGACACAUACUCCGCGGGGAACAUCAAAUAUGAUGCAUCCGGACUUACCCCGCUCUAUAAUUUUGCCAAGUCUUUUAUCAAUGGUGCAGUUUUUCCAUAUGGUAUUCCUUGGGAUUUAAUGGAGAAGGCCAUAAAUGGGACACUUAUAAAUGAUGUUACAACAAAUUAUAUGUCGUACCUGAGACAGUUUGCAGGCUAUGGUGCCUGUGUUGUGAUUGGCUUCCUCUUCAUCUUCAUCUUCCCUCUGAUUGGUCUCUGUUUUUGCUGCUGUCGCUGUUGUUGUAAAAAUUGUGGGGGGAGAAUGAUGCAGCACCACGAGGACACAAAGGCAGACUGUAAACGUCGGACGUUUGCCAUCAUCCUCUUUGUUCUAAUAGCAUUUACAAGUGCUGGCAUGAUAUGUGUGUAUCUGUCAAACGACCAGAUGUCUGAUGCCUUGAAUAAUUUUGAUGACACGGUCAACUCUAAUAUAGAUGAUCUGACCACGUAUAUCUCCAAUACAGUCAAGGAAACGAAGUAUGUGGUAAAUAACAACUUCAAUUUUACCAUCUCAGUGAUAUCCAGGGACCUUGACAAUUUAGGAUUUAUACUCGGGAUCCCAAUAAGGACAGCUCUGAAGACUCAGGGCAAACUUGACCAAGCCAUAUCCUCUGCCAACAGUCUAGCCUCAAGAACAAACCAGAUAGCAUCUGCAUUGACAACAUUAAACACAACAUUGGAAGAUGUGAAGGUCAAGGCCAAUAUCCUGAGCUCUAACCUUACUACCCUGAAGUCAGACAUAGACACGGCUCUGACUGCUGCAGGAUGUCCUGGUACGUCAGGGUGCCCGGAUACGUCUAAUGUCGCCAUAGGAUUCAAUACAAAUGACUUUCCGGAUAUCAGUGGUCCAUUAUCUUCUAUAUCGUCAGUGGAAAGCCAGAACCUGACUGCCAUUAUUAUACAGGCCCAGUCAGAAAUUGACAACAUUCCAGAGAGAGUGACCAAUGAGACAGUGACCACAGUGUCAGAUAUGAAGGAAAUGCUAAACAACUUUUCCAGUGUGAUUGAUCCACUUAUAAAGGAAGUGGAGGCCAUGCAGGAUGCCUUCGCGACCAAUGGAACCAUGGCAGACAUUAAAAGGCAGGUGGCCGAUGCUGUGACUACUGCGUCAGGUUUUGAUAAAUACAGGUGGUACGGUGGGAUAGGUUUAACCUCCAUUGUACUCCUGGUGGUCCUGCUGCAGCUGCUGGGACUUGUUUUUGGAACAAUUAGCCAGAAUUCAGACACUCCCCCCACGGACCGGGGAUGUAUGGGUAGUACUGCAGGGAAUAUGCUGAUGGCGUCUGUGGGCUUUGUAUUCAUCUUUGCCUGGCUGUUGAUGUUGCUUACAACACUGACAUUUAUCAUCGGUAGCCCGCUGGAGCGAUUCGUUUGUCAGCCAUUGACAGAUUCCUCACUGAAUGAUCUGGAGACGCUUGUGGAUGACAAGAUAUACAAGUUUCAGUAUGGGAAAUCUGAGGGUUACUUCCUGGGUGAAGUCCUGUUUAACAACGCAUCCAUCAACAUAACCCUUAAGGGCCUUCUACAAGACUGUCAGGCAGGGGGAGCUGCAUUUAAGGCUUUAAAGCUCGGUAACUUGUUUGAUAUCACCACUCUUACUAACUUCACAAAGGAUUUGGAUAUUGAGGCGGAGGUGGACAAGAUUAACAUUGACCUUGGUACAGUAAAGAUCCUCAGCCCCGACCUCAUGAGUCAGCUGAACGACCUGAAGAGUGCCAUCAACGUCAACUUCACCAAGUUCCGUGAGGAGUUAAGCAAAUCAGCCUCAGGAAAGAAUUUGUCAGCCUUAGCGGACGAGUUGGACACCUUUGCUGCUAGUUGUAACCCCGCCUGUAAUGCAGGUACUCAGGGAGAUCUACAGAAUUUGGCCACUAGAACCAGGGCUAUAGACAGUAAUGAGCUGGCUAGUUUGACUGCUGCAAUGUCCCAGCUUCAGACUGAUGUAAACUCCUUGGAAUCAACAGUCAAUGGAACAGAUACUGAUGUUGAUAACUGUAUAAACAACUUUAACAUCUCAGAAAUGUUUGUGCAGACCAAUGGCUCUGAUGUCGUCAAAGCUGAAGCCAAGAAUUUUGCCUCCAGGGUUCUAGGAGUUGUGAAUUCAUUUGUAGAUGAUGCCCUAAAUGCACUGGAUUAUGAGAUUGGAAAGUGCACCCCAAUCUGGAACUUGUAUAACUCCCUGUUUGUCACCUCAUUGUGUAAUUACACCAUAGAUACUCUGAAUGGAUUCUGGUUUGCGCUGGGAUGGUGCAUUUUCUUCUUCCUCCCCAGUAUCAUCUUUGCUACAAAGCUGGCCAAACAUUACCGACGAAUGAACGAGCUAGACAUUGAUGGUGAUAGCUAUGACUUUGAUAAGGACGCACUCCAGCUUCCAGAAGUUAGCAGCCUUAACCUGAAAGAGAAGUUUGUUAAGCACCACAAAGUGCACCCAGAACCUGACUUUGAUGAUGAUGAUGAUGACUGGGCAGGUUCUAAAUCAAUUUUUGGAUCGAACAAAGUUGGCCACCAUGACUCGUCUUCUAAGCCACCCCCCUAUACCUCCUCAGACUGGUAAACGCUCCUUGUGACCCUCCCCAUGGCUGGGAACGAAACUAGAACUCAACGUCACUUAGUGAAAAACUUCUAUAUACAGUCAAUGUAUUUAUUUUCCACAGAAAAUUAUUUAGUUGUACAGUUGUAUAUUGCCAUUUCUGAUUCUUGUGAAAGCAGCUUUGUUAUGUUUUAUUGAUAAUGUUCCCAGGGUUAAAACUUUUGGGGCCAAUAUUUUUUAACCUGUCUGUGUUAGGAAACAACUGGAACAUUGCCUUCAGCUUGUGAACUACAUGUAUUAGUGAGUGGACCCUGACUUGUACCUGUGACAGAUCAUUACAUGUAUUAGUGAGUGGACCCUGACUUGUACCUGUGACAGAUCAUUACAUGUAUUAGUGAGUGGACCCUGACUUGUACCUGUGACAGAUCAUUACAUGUAUUAGUGAGUGGACCCUGACUUGUACCUGUGACAGAUCAUUACAUGUAUUAGUGAGUGGACCCUGACUUGUACCUGUGACAGAUCAUUACAUGUAUUAGUGAGUGGACCCUGACUUGUACCUGUGACAGAUCAUUACAGAAGUACUACAUGUAUGUUUGAUGACCUUGUGACCCUGACAAUGACCUUUGACUCACUUAUCAAAAACGUGUACACUAUUCAUUACUUUUGAACACUAGUUGUUUUGGACUUGUAAUCUUUGUUACAAGACCUUUUCAACGGUACUUGUGGAAUAGAUAUUGGGCAGUGUGCUGGGGGGGGGGGGGGGGGGGGUUUACAAACAUAUAUUGAUUGUCAAAUGCUUUGGCACUGUGGCGGGUGUUGUUUUCUUGUCAAACAUUCUAAUCAAAUAACUUUGAAUCCGAAAACAAAUUUAAAUAGAAUGCAUUGUUUGUAGAGGUAGUUGUCACUUCUAAAUUUGAUUUUUGAUGGUGUUUAUUUUGUUUAAAUGCUUGUAAUUUAGUCAUGAUUGAUGUUUGAGGAUAAAGAGAAUAUCAACUUACAUUAACCCAAAGGUUAAAAACUGGGGUGCAGACUGCAGUGUUCUGCCAUUUUAAUAUUCCUAAGGUCUCGGUAUAUAGAUCUAUGUAUUACAUUGCAUGUGUUGUUUAAAGGAGAGCAAUAUGUAUAUAUAUUAACUGUUAGUCACAUGGUACGUACGUCACAAGACUCCUUAGCUUGAAAUGCCCUCGGAAUCGCAAAGUUGGGGGGAUGUAGUGUUUUAUAUGUCAGUUCAUACAACAUAGCAAAACAAUCUACAAUUUAGAGGCGUAUUAUCAUGUAGAGAAGUAGUACAUGUGACAUGGCCUUUCUAACAGUGCCAAAUUUAAUGACCUUGUGACCUUGGCAUUAGCCUCUUACCCACUUAUUGAAUAUCUAACUUCUGAAGUGAUCAAGAGGUAGCUUUUUCAAUGUUACCUAUAGGAAUGGCUAUGUGUAUCAAAGGCAACAUCUUAUUUAUGUUAAAGUCGUGCUGUUCAACUCGUCUGGGCUGCGUUCAAGAGUGUAGUGGCAAGCCUAGGGGCUAGGUAUGGUGGCUGGGUUACAAUUUGGCGUCUUUUCGUUAUUUUGAGACAAAAAGUAUGUAAGUAUUAUCACUCUGUCGUUAUUUCGGGAUGUGAAGUCGCUAAAUAUCAUUUGGUUGUCCUUUUCCCUCGAAAUAUAAAAAAAAAAAAGUGUAAAAUGGCACAAAUCAGCUAGCCGCUACGAUCUUGAACGCAGUCCUGUUAAAUCAGGGAGCAAAGAGUGAGACUGCUCAUGAAGUCUGUAGGACAACAAGGCUGAGGCCGCCUGGACAGCAUUAUAUAUAGGUAGAAUAGUUUUCCUGCUCAUCACACAGACUUUAUUGGUCUGCUUACAUUGGUUUGAGUUUUAUGUGUUUGAUAAGUAUAGUAUCAUUUUCUGUCUUUUUAUGAGUUUUAAUAACCUAUCCGUCCUGUUAUUAAACAUUCCAUGAAUUAUUUUUGUAUUACUCUUAUGCAACAUUAUUUUUUUACCCAUUUGUUUUAUUGACUUUUGUAAAUACUGUCAAGAUGAGUGAUUAUGUACUACGUGCAGUUAUUGAUGUGCUAUUAUUGAUACGUGUAUCUUUCACGUUAUGGGUUUACACACAAUGUCAAACUUGGACACUCUCAAUCAGAACAGAUUAGGGGUGGUUACUGUCUCUCCAUGAGUACAUACAACUUUUAAUCUUGCUAUGGACUUAAAGUUUAAGAUCGCUGAUAUUUUAUUGACAGUGUUAUUCCAUUAUGAAUUAUCUUCCUUUGUUUAUGUGUUAACUUUUUAUCUGCUUCCUUAAAUAAUUAUUUGCAAUAAAACUGUUGAUGUU